AUGCUUACAUCCAAAUGGGUUAUGGAAAAAAUAACAGAAGUAACGAAUCAUUGCUUCUCUAAGAUGACAGUACAGGAGACAAAUGCAGUCACAGGGAUGCUGAUUGCCUUUCUGUUUGGGAUGGUUACACCGCAUAUUACAAACCGGUUCUUCAUCCGGGAAGUAUUUAAUAUUCUGAGUGGGUUAAUUGUCCUUUCAGCAAUAUAUAAAAUACAGAACUUCCUAGUUGCCUUAUCAGGUAUUCCACUUAAUCUGCUUCUAUCUUAUAUGCCGGUUAAGCAGAAAAAGCUAAGAACAAAAAUAUUCAUAGCUGUAAAUCUUGUACAUUUAGUGGUUAUGUAUAUCCUGCAGGACUCGGAAGAGAAUAAUCCUUUUGUUAUUCUGACACUCACAGGAUUCUUCAUGAAAUAUAUGUACGUAAGCAUGGAAUAUCUGCCAAAAACACAUGGAUUUAUGGCGUACCUUGGGUAUAUGUUCUUUGUGCCUGGGAUUAGGUAUGGGCCUGUGAUGAGUUUCAGUGCAUAUCAGCUGUGGCUUGAGUCUGGGUACUUCUACUUGGUUGAGUCUCAGAGCCAGACCGUAAUUAAAAAGAUCGUAGGAAACACAGAGGAUCAGAAGAAGAUUACUAACAGGAAAGAGGAAUAUGUCAUGCAAGAAUACAGCAGACUAAUAGUUGGGUCUACAGUGUCUUGCUUAAAGGCAUUUAUAUUUUUGAUCUCGUACCAGGCAGUUAAUGAAAUAAUCAUGAAUGCAGCUGCCCAUACAAUGAAGCUAGUUAAGGUGGAUGUAGACUUCUCUGGGUUCUACAUAUACAAAUUAUUCUACAUUGCAGCAUUAUGGGUCUCUGAGGAGUGCAUCUACCAGGCAGCAUUCAUUAAUAAUAUGAGAAAUGUCAGAAUACUUCCAUUUGUGACAUUCUGGAAGGCACAAGAACUCUUUGAGAUGUGGAAUAUGCAAGGAUCAAAGUUUAUGCACAGACUGAACAAAAUGCUUACAUCAGACGAAAAGAAAGAAGAGGAAAAUGACAGUUCAAAACCAGAAAAAACGAAAGAAACUGAAAUAAGUGCUAGUGAUGUAAUGGAUAUGCGUAUCAAGGAGCAUGUUAAGGUAUCCAUUGUAUCAUAUGCGCAUUUGUUGCUUUUCCCUUUGCACGUAGGAUCCAUACUCAUCUCAGUUCCAACAAUAUUCUUACUAGGCUUUGUUAAAGAUAUUCCAAUAGAGAGAAGAAAUAUUCCAGGAAUUAAAAUAUUAGUAGAGAUAUGUGGAUGGGCUGCACAUAUCUUCAUCUUCUGCUACUUCCUGAUUCCAAUGGUAUACAGUCCCCUUGAGGUUUUAAAUAUCUGGAGAAAGUCCUUUGCAUUUGGUCACUUUGUAUGCCUUCCUGGUAUAAUAGAAGGCGUACUUUCAACAAGAGAUAUUUCAACAGCACAAACAGAAGCGAAUUAA